CCCCCCCACAAAGCCGCCGCCGCAGUCGAGCUCCGAGCUCCGCCACUAUCGGGAGCCGUCAGCAGCUGCUGGGCGUCGCCCGCGCCUCACGAUGCCUUCAAUUAAGCUGCAGAGUUCAGAUGGAGAGAUUUUUGAAGUCGAUGUUGAAAUCGCAAAACAGUCGGUGACCAUAAAGACGAUGCUGGAAGACUUGGGAAUGGAUGAUGAAGGCGAUGAUGACCCAGUCCCUCUUCCAAACGUCAACGCAGCUAUUUUAAAAAAGGUGAUUCAGUGGUGCACCCAUCACAAAGAUGAUCCACCUCCUCCCGAGGAUGAUGAGAACAAGGAGAAAAGAACGGAUGACAUCCCUGUGUGGGAUCAAGAAUUUCUGAAAGUAGACCAAGGAACACUUUUUGAGCUCAUCCUGGCUGCAAAUUACUUGGACAUCAAAGGUUUGCUUGAUGUCACAUGCAAGACAGUUGCCAACAUGAUCAAGGGGAAAACUCCAGAAGAAAUUCGCAAGACAUUCAAUAUUAAGAAUGACUUCACUGAAGAGGAAGAAGCACAGGUACGUAAGGAGAACCAGUGGUGUGAAGAGAAGUGAAGCUGUGCCUGACACUCGAACACUGUAAGGAUUGUUCCGAAUACUAGUUGCACUGCUCUGUUCAUAAUUGUUAAUAUUAGACAAAUGCAGCAGCAAAUGAAGUUGUGUUAGCAAGAUAUUGUUCCCUUUGCAUGUGUAGUGUUGUUUUUUUUUUGAGUAUAAAUUUAAAUCUGCGUUUUUACUAGUGUAAUGGGGUGUCUUUUUACUUUACUCUGCAACGAAUAAAGCUGAACCAAGUGUGGAUCCUGAAUGGAAAGUAGCACUUAAGGUUGUCAUUUUCGUUAUACUUUUUUAUCUGUUCCCAGUCCAGUUACAAUCUUAAGUGUUGACUCCACCAUUGUAAAUAAAACCACCUUUGCUUUCUUCCUCAGGAAGAGCAAAACACUUAUUUACAGGGUAUUGAUGGCUUCAGAAAGGAAAAUUAAAUGUGUCUUGGGGAGCUACAUGAAGUUUAAAAAAAAAAAAAUUGUUGGAUUUCUUACAGAGACAUUUGGAAAAAUUGGUGUUAUUACAGCUGUACAACUCUAGGGAAGGUUCUUGUUCUGCAUUAAAAAAAAAAAGAUCUGUCCACUUCCUUGUCCUGUUGGCCUUGCCUGAUAGGCCAGUGAGUAGAGAAAGAUGUGAGCCUGGGCUUAGCAAGCUUCUGACAGCAAACUUGGCAGACUUCUACCAUGUCCUGAAGCCGUGCCUCUGGCUGCCAGCAGGUGGGACGUGCUGCUUUCUGCACAGGACAGGUGUGUUUUUAUACUUUUUUUUGGCAAAAGUGGAACCCAGGUUUGACCAAAAACGACUGACAUUACCAAAGUUACUAUUAUUGACCUGUGCAUGCCAUUAGUGGCUGUUUUUUAGGCAAUUUUAAACUACCCUUGUGAUGUAGCUCUUUAAAACAUGGAUUUCAUGUAUCCACGGGAGAUCUUUUUGCCUAUGUAUGUGAAACUUCUGCUUGUAGAGACUUCUUAUUGCAUACAAAGCUAAUGCAAUAUUGAGCUUGACUUCUUUGGACAAAGCCACUUGCAACUAGUUAAACAGUAACUGGUUUCCUGAUUUUUAUUUUAAUUUUUUUUUUACAGUUCCCUUAUAGGGAGUAGGGGGUGGUUUUGUGGUAGAUCUGAGGUGUGCUCUUAGCUUGUAUUGCAUUCCAUUCUCUGUAUAAAUCUUAGAGUAGAAUGAACCUUAAUAAACAUACUUAUCUCACUUUAA